GGAUGCGGAGCUCCCGGCUUCCCCGCGAGGCUGCGGGGCGCCUCGGCCGGUGGAGCCGGCUCUGCUGAGGCGCGGACGGCCGGGAGUCCUUGCGGUGACCGGUGCUCGCUGCUGAGCACUGUCCCCAGAGGCGCCUGGCCCCGGCGUCGCCCUCCUAUCACGCUAAGCUGGUGUCGGUGGCCCAGGGAGGAGCGGCGCUCUCGCCCGGUCCCUCCCGGGGCCCGCACGGUGGCCGAGGUGCGCGAGUGACCUGCAUGCAGGCCCCGGGUCGGAGAGAGCAGCCGUGUCCUGGGGUCGUGCGCUCGGAGCGCCGUGGGGCACAACUUGAGAGCGUAGUCCCGAGUAGGCUGCGGCUGGCGGUUUCAUUUCCGGGUGUGAUGGCCCGGCGUGUGAGAGCGAACUCAGACGUCGCCUUCACGCCGAAUGUGAACGUUGUCAAGCUGUGUCCUUGAUGGUGGAUAAGACCUUCUUUUUUAAUCCGGAGUCAGUUAGCUGUCAGGCUCCUGAUAAGGAGGAGAAAAGGGGCAACAAGGCGUGGAUGGUCCUUAUACAAUGACUUCGUUUCAAGACUAUCUCCUGUAGGAUGGGAAUUGUGGAGACACUGCAGUGAAGAAAUGGGUCAUCAUGGGAUGGCCUUGCUGAUCAUCAGCACCUGCUGAGCUGAGAGGAGGUGGUGAGGAGGAGAAGAGGCCACCAUGAAACUAAAGCAGCGAGUCGUGCUGCUAGCGGUGUUGCUGGUCAUCUUCAUCUUCACCAAAGUUUUCCUGAUAGACAACUUGGACACAUCAGCUGCCAACCGUGAGGACCAGAGGGCUUUUCACCGCAUGAUGGCUGGCUUGCGGGUGGAGCUGGUGCCUAAGUUGGACCACACCCUGCAGUCUCCUUGGGAGAUUGCAGCCCAAUGGGUGGUGCCCCGGGAAGUGUACCCUGAAGAGACACCAGAGCUGGGGGCAAUCAUGCAUGCCAUGGCCACCAAGAAGAUCAUUAAAGCUGAUGUGGGCUAUAAAGGGACGCAGCUAAAGGCUUUACUGAUCCUUGAAGGAGGACAGAAAGUCGUCUUCAAACCUAAGCGGUACAGCAGAGACUAUGUGGUAGAAGGGGAGCCGUAUGCUGGUUAUGACAGACACAACGCAGAGGUGGCAGCCUUUCACCUGGACAGGAUUCUGGGUUUCCGCCGAGCUCCCUUGGUGGUUGGCAGAUACAUUAAUCUGAGGACGGAGAUCAAGCCUGUGGCCACAGAGCAGCUGCUGAGUACUUUCCUAACUGUAGGGAACAAUACGUGUUUCUAUGGGAAGUGCUAUUACUGCCGAGAAACAGAGCCAGCAUGUGCUGAUGGAGACAUGAUGGAGGGAUCCAUCACACUUUGGCUUCCAGAUGUGUGGCCUCUGCAGAAACAUCGACACCCCUGGGGCAGGACUUACCGAGAAGGCAAAUUGGCCAGGUGGGAAUAUGAUGAGAGCUACUGUGAUGCUGUGAAGAAAACGUCCCCCUAUGACUCAGGCCCACGCCUCUUGGACAUCAUUGACACUGCUGUCUUUGAUUACUUGAUUGGCAAUGCCGACCGCCAUCACUAUGAAAGCUUUCAAGACGAUGAAGGCGCUAGCAUGCUUAUCCUUCUUGAUAAUGCCAAAAGCUUUGGGAACCCCUCGCUGGACGAGAGAAGCAUUCUUGCCCCUCUCUAUCAGUGUUGCAUCAUUCGGGUUUCAACCUGGAACAGACUGAACUACCUAAAGAAUGGCGUGCUAAAGUCUGCCUUAAAAUCUGCCAUGGCCCACGACCCCAUCUCCCCUGUGCUCUCUGAUCCACACUUGGACACUGUGGACCAGCGGCUUCUGAAUGUCCUUGUCACCAUCAAGCAGUGUACUGACCAGUUUGGGACGGAUCCUGUGCUGGUGGAAGACAGGAUGCCGCUCUCCCACUUGUAACUCUGAACAGGGAACAAGUGGGGCUGACUUUUACAAAGAAAAACAGCACAAUCAAUUCCAAAUGGCAUGUGAUGGCCGGAAGUGGCCAGCAGCAGGUUCUGGUGGUAGAAGACAGGGUGGCCCUGGGUGUGCCUGGCCUUCUCUGCAGUGUCCGCACGCGCGGGAGCUUGUCUGUGGAUUCACCUGGCGUCCUCACAAUUGCCCAUUCAAGCAGCAGGGACCGGCUCAGCUCAGUCUUGUCCCCACACCAAGGGACAAAGAGGUGCGGCACUGGCUGAGGAGUUGGCUUGAAAGUGCGUGUCUGCGGUGAGCCCUGCCGUCGUUCUCCACGCCCAUGGACCCUGUAGACUCACUCUGCAGUCCGUGUCUGCAAAAACAAAAGCAAAAUCAACAAAGGCAAAACUAGUCAGACUGAAAAUGUCCAGACAGAGAGCAUAGUGCUGGAGGAGACCCAUUUCCAAGAUGGAGGAAGGGAAGGGAAGGGCAGGAGGGUGUUAGGCUUCUUAGCUGUUGAGUGCUGUGGAUUUGACAUCUCAGGGAAGAGAAGAGGGAGGGACUCAUGCUAUAGAACCAGGAAGAUGACUGACGGUCAUGAAAAUGAGCUUCCCCUGUAUUUAGGUUCUGUUCAAAUUAACCAAAAUGGUCUCUAGAGGAAAUAUGAUUACCACCCAGGAAUGAUCCCCUAUAGACGCUAAUUUACCCCCUUGCCUACUUUUUGCCCAAAGUAGCAAAACUGCAAUAAUACGUUAGGUCCCUGUGAUCUCUGUCAUCCUUGGUUUUCCUCCCUCACCCCCUUUCUCUCAUUGGCAUUGUUUAUUUUGAGGUAAACCAUAGACUCUUGCUCUAGCCCAUGCUGGUCUGGAACAUAGUAUUUAACCCAGGCUGGCUUUGAACUGGCAGCAGUUCUCCUGCCUCAGCCUUCCACAUGCUAGGAUUUUAAGAAUGAGCAACCAUGCCUGGCUGUCUAAGGUGUGUGGCAUUUGACAGUGAUACUGCUGUUCUGAGGAGGUUGAUGGCCUUGUCUGUGCCUUUCUCAUGGGAAAACAUCUUGCUGGUAGCUGGACCGAGCUUGUGAUAUGGGCCCUGCAGGUAGCAGAUAAGAUUUUAAGCCUUCUCAGCCAUGAAACUGAGAAAGAUAUGCUGUAGUUCAUAUCGAAUCCAGAUUCUAUCCUUCGGUCUUGUUUGGAGUCUGAACCCAUGGUGUGGUAGAAUUCUUUCAUCUCCUUGCAGCACUAUCAAGUUUCGGUUCAGUUCGGUAUGUUGGCAGUCAUUGGACAUGUAAGAAGCUGUGGUAAGUUA